GGCGGCGGCAGCUUCGGUGGUGGCGACUGACGCGCGCGAGCCGGAGGCGGCAGCGUUGGGGACGGCAGCGCGGAACGGCGCUGUGGGAAGGAACUUAGUUCCCCUUCCCUCAUCUUCCGCCCGGAAAGAUUCAAAAUGGAUAGUAUAGAAGAACCUCAGAAAAAAGUCUUUAAGGCUCGAAAAACAAUGAGAGUGAGUGAUCGUCAACAACUGGAUGCAGUGUACAAGGUCAAAGAAGAACUAUUGAAAACUGAUGUCAAGCUGUUAAAUGGCAAUCAUGAAAAUGGAGAUGUGGACCCAACCUCACCUUUGGAGAAUAUGGAUUAUAUUAAUGACAAGGAUGAGGUGAAUGGCCUUGAAGAACUUUGUUUUAAUCCUGAGAAAAGUAAAUCAGAAUGGAAAGAAACACCUUGUAUCUUAAAUGUUAAUGUAAAAAACAAUUCAGAUGAUGAUUUAAAGCAUGAAUCUUUGUCUCCUAGUAGUAAAACUCCUGAACUAAACUCUAAAGUGACCACUGAACCAGCUCCUGGUGAUCCACCUUCAGGUGAUUUGGAUACUGGAGAUCUGCCAGCCUCUGGAGAUAUGGCCUCUGAAGUAUCAACCUCUGGUGAUCCCACCUCUAGUGAUCCCACCUUUGGUGAUGCCACUUCUGGUAUUCCAACCUCUGAUGAGCCUGCCUCUAGUGAUCCCGCCUCUGGUGAUCCAGCCUCUGCUGAACCCGUCUCCGAUGAGCGGGUCUUUACUGAAAACUCAGAUAUGGCUGCCAGUCAACACUCCAGUGAGCUGGUCGCUGGUGAACUGAUGUCUGGGGAGCCAGUCUCUGGUGAACUGGUCUCCAGUGAACCAGUCCCUGGUGAACUGGUCUCUAGUGAACCAGUCUCCAGUGAUCCAGUCUCUGAUAAUUCAGCUUCUGAUGAUCUGGCCUCUGGAACACUGGCCUCUGAUGAUGCAGCUUCUGGUGAUCUGGCUUCUGGUGGUCCAGCCUGCGGUGAUCUAACUUCUGGUGAUCAGGUCUCUGGUGAUCUGGCCUCUGGUGAUCUGAUCUCUGAUGAACCAAUUGCUGAUAAACCAACUUCUGAAUCAGCCUUUGAUUCCACUUUUGAAUCGAGUUCUGUACCAGUUUGUGUGCCAGUUCCUGACACUGACAAUACAGAACCUAGUAGCAAUAAAGGUGAUGAUUUUCUUGAACAAAAUGGGGAUGAUGAAAAGUUAGAUGAAAUUUUCUCAUUUGAUAAGAGUAAAAAAGCUGAUAGUAAUAUUGAUGCUGCUGAAGAAACUCUAGAAGCAGGUGAUACAAUUGUUUGUUCAGCUCCACCUCCUGAAAAUGAAAAGGUAGAGGAAGAUGCUGUCACAGAACCUGUUCUUGGAGAGGAGGAUAUAUCUAGCAGUAUGGAAAUUGACCAAAGUGAAAAGAAUGAAGGUGAAAAUUCUGCAGACCUUGCAGAAACCAUUAGUGAAAAUGUUAUAAAAGAUGACAAAAAUGAGAAUAUAUUAGAAAGUACAGAUUCUAUGGAGACAGAUGAAAUUAUUCCUAUUUUGGAAAAGCUUGCACCUGCUGAAGAUGAACUUACUUGCUUUUCUAAAACUUGUCUUCUUCCAAUUGAUGAAACAAAUCCAGAUUUGGAAGAGAAGAUGGAAAGUUCUUUUGGUUCACCAUCUAAACAAGAAAGUAGUGAGAGUUUGCCAAAAGAAGCCUUUUUGGUCCUCUCUGAUGAAGAGGAUAUUUCAGGUGAAAAAGAUGAGUCUGAAGCUGUGUCACAAAAUGAGUCAUGCUCUCCAGAGGUUCAAAAUAAUGAAAAGGACAGGAAACCAGAGGAAGAAGAGCAAGUAGUAGUACAUGAAGAUGAAAGAACUUCUAAGAAAAUUGAAUUUUCCAGAAGAAAACGUUCUAAAUCUGAGGACAUGGACAAUGUACAGUCCAAACGUCGUCGAUACGUGGAAGAAGAAUAUGAGGCAGAAUUUCAAGUAAAGAUUACAGCCAAAGGAGAUAUUAACCAGAAGCUGCAAAAGGUUGUACAAUGGUUGCUGGAAGAAAAAUUGCGUGCACUACAGUGUGCUGUAUUUGAUAAGACUUUGGCAGAGUUGAAAACACGAGUGGAAAAGAUCGAAUGUAAUAAGAGGCAUAAAACAGUUCUUACUGAACUACAGGCCAAGAUAGCCAGGUUAACCAAACGCUUUGGAGCAGCCAAAGAAGAUCUUAAGAAAAGACAAGAAAAUCCACCAAACCCACCUGUACCUGUAUCACCAGGAAAGUCUAUAGUUGAUGUCAACAGCAAUAACAGUGUGCCCUAUAGAAACACAGGUACAGUGAGACAAUUGCUGGAGUCCAAAAGAAAUGUAAGCGAGAGUACACCACCAUCCAUUCAAACCCCUGUGAAUACAGUGUCUUCAACCAAUCUUGUCACUCCUUCAACAGUUGUCAGUAGUCAACCUAAAUUGCAGACUCCAGUGACUUCGGGUUCUCUGACAUCAAUUCUUCCUGCACCCAACACAGCUACAGUAGUUGCUACUACUCAGGUGCCUAGUGGAAAUCCCCAACCUACAAUCUCGUUACAAUCAUUACCAGUGAUUUUGCAUGUACCUGUUGCGGUAUCCUCCCAGCCUCAACUCCUACAGAGCCAUCCCGGGACUUUAGUAACUAAUCAACCAUCUGGCAACGUUGAAUUCAUUUCUGUACAGAGCCCACCUACAGUGAGCAGUCUCACCAAAAAUCCAGUAUCCUUGCCAUCCUUGCCAAAUCCCACUAAACCAAACAACGUUACUUCUGUGCCCAGUUCUAGUAUUCAAAGGAACUCUCCUGCCAGUGCUGCACCAUUAGGAACAACACUUGCUGUACAGGCUGUUCCAACAGCGCACUCUAUUGUACAAGCCACAAGGACUUCUUUACCCACAGUAGGCCCAUCAGGACUCUACAGUCCAUCAAAUAAUCGCGGUCCUAUACAGAUGAAAAUUCCAAUUUCUGCUUUUAGUACUUCAUCUCCUGCAGAACAGAGCAGCACUACUACCCCAAGAAUUGAAAACCAGACAAACAAAACAAUAGAUGCUUCUGUUAAGAAAGCAGCUGAUAGCACAUCACAGAGUGGAAAAGCCACAGCCAGUGAUUCAGGUGGUGUCAUUGAUCUUACAAUGGAUGAUGAAGAGAGUGGAACUUCACAAGACACUAAAAAGCCAACUCACACUCCAGUGUCAGCCAUGAGUUCUUCUCAGUCUGUGUCUCGGCCGUUGCAACCUAUCCAGCCAGCACCACCUCUUCAACCAUCUGGGGUGCCAACAAGUGGACCAUCUCAGACAACAAUACACUUACUACCUACAGCUCCAACCACUGUGAAUGUAACACAUCGUCCAGCAACUCAGGUGACCACGAGACUUUCUGUACCAAGAGCUCCUGCAAACCAAGUGGUUUAUACAACUCUCCCUGCACCAACAGCUCAGGCUCCCCUGCGAGGAACUGUUAUGCAGGCUCCUGCUGUUCGGCAGGUCAAUCCCCAAAAUAGUGUCACGGUUCGAGUGCCUCAAGCAACUACAUAUGUUGUAAACAAUGGAAUAGCCCUGGGAUCCCCAGGACCUCAGCUCACAGUGCAUCAUCGACCACCACAGGUGCACACUGAGCCCCCACGCCCUGUGCACCCAGCACCCUUACCAGAAGCCCCACAACCACCGCGCCUGCCCCCAGAAGCUGCCAGCACAUCUCUGCCUCAGAAACCGCACUUGAAGUUAGCACGAGUUCAGAGUCAAAAUGGCAUUGUACUGUCAUGGAGUGUCCUGGAAGUGGAUCGAACCUGUGCCACUGUUGACAGCUACCAUCUCUAUGCUUACCAUGAGGAACCCAGUGCCACUGUGCCCUCACAAUGGAAAAAGAUUGGAGAGGUAAAGGCACUUCCUUUGCCAAUGGCAUGCACUCUGACCCAGUUUGUAUCUGGCAGCAAAUACUACUUUGCCGUACGGGCCAAGGAUAUUUAUGGACGUUUUGGACCUUUCUGCGAUCCUCAGUCAACGGAUGUGAUCUCUUCUUCCCAGAGCAGUUAAACCUUGGACCCUUUCUCUCUUCUUCUUUGAAAAGUUCCACUUUUUGGUCUUAUUUUAAUCUUGUGCAUGAUACCCAUUGUAAAAAUCUACAUUGUGCGAGAUUUCUUGGACAGAUGUGUAUAUACACUACGUUUGUUUAUAAUCAGAGAAUAAAAUAAACUUAGCUCAUAAAGCAAGAACCUUUUCCUGAACAAUUCAAGCUUCAAGGUUUUGAAAUGUAAAUGUGCAUCUUCCUUUAGUCUUGAGGCUGGGGAAUAAUAUGUUUGGGUGUUUGUGUGGUUUUAUUUUUUUCUAUUUAUAUAUGUUUGUUGCAGUGGAAUCUCCCAUUUUCAUUCUCAAAUACCUCUCUUCUAGCAUAAAGUAGAGCAAAGCAUCUGAGGUAUGUAACUGGCAUGAUUCUAUUUCUAAGGGAUCUGUAGUUUCAUAGUUAAAUGAUUUAAACAGAAUCUAAACAAAACCCAAAGAAAAAAAUAAAAAGCUUAAAAUAGGUUAAUUUGAACACAGGAAAGGAUCUGUUUUAUCUUUUGUUGUCUCUUCUGGGUUGUUAAAUAGGCGAAAACAUCUAAAUGACCCCUCCAUUUUCUAAUCUUACUUUUACAUUUAUUUUGUGCCUUAAACAUUAACUGCAAAAAUAAACAUGGCCAUUUGUCCAUUGUUGUUUCUUUCCUUUCAGCUUUCAGCCCUUCAUUUUUCCUUUAUCUCCGCAAAAUAUAGCACACUCCCUCAAGUAAAUGUUAAAACAAGGCUUUUAUACAUAUUCUCAUCAGUGGCAUUACUAUAUCUAACUCCAAAAUUUUCACUUGCUAUUUUCUCCUAAGAAUAUAAAUGCUUUUAUUUUUGGUCACCAUUUAAAUUUACUUUAUGUAAAGUAGACCAAGAGAAGACCGAACUGUGUAAGAAACUUUUCCUACAAAAAUUUCAGUAUCUGUGCUCACACGGUGUCAGAAAUUAUGAAAGCAAUUAUAGUUUAUCACCCAAAGCAUAAUAUUCUUUCAAAGGAAAUAGUCAAAUUUACAAAAUACAGUGAGCUAAAAUAUUAAAGGGAAAGAUACAUUAUCUCUUUAUUCUUGUAUCAUUGUUCCUUUUGUUAACUUUUAACUUUGUUUUGAUGGUGCCAAGUUUUGUGUAAUUUAUCCUAUGUCAGCUUUGGAUAGAAUUCAAAGCAUAUCCUUUGGGGUCAGUUUAUGUAACAAUUAGAUAUAACUUAGUUCUCUGUUCCUCUUCAAAAUUAAUCAAAGUCAGCUUAGGUGUCCUGCAUUUUCAAUACGAGUGCGAGCUCUAUUGGUAUCAGAUAGUUGAGUGUAGAUAGUGUAGGACAGGACUUCCUGGGUACACUUGGGGAUGAGAGUACGGUUGGGAAUAUUUUGAAAGGAAUUCAUGGAGUUUGUGAAAUAAUUUAUCAUCUUCCCUUAUCAUAUUUGAAUUCAUAUUUGUACCUUCUCAAAUUAUACCUCCUGAAAUUAUAGGAGGGAGCAAUCCUCUCCAUUAAUGCUUUGUUUGCCACAUUGGUGGCUUGAAACUGGAAGCAUUCUAGUUGUAAAGUCUUUAAAUAGACUUUCACCAGUCAGUGUAUGUCAUGUUAUGUGUGAAUUUUGGUUGAUGCUGAAGAAAGCCUACAGGUUGCCAAAUUAUAAAUGCUCCAAAACCUUCCUUUCACUUUCAGAAAAUAAGGCCACAUGAGAAUUAAAGUUUCCAUGAAUCAAAUUUGCCAACCAUGUAGCUAUUACUCGUUCUAGGACUAAUGACGAUGGUAAAGAAGUUGCCAAUAUCAUGCCAAUGAAAAUUUCGAAAGGGAGAUAGAUAUAUAUGAAUACCUAUCGAUACCUGCAUGUAUAUAUGUUUCUACCUGCCGUGGAUGCAACAUUGAUUAUGUGCUCAAGAUCAUUCCUGUCUACAGAAUAGAAAGCUCAUGUUCAAAAUUGUUCUUUAUUGGCCUUUUUUUGGUCAUGUGAUAACAAUUUGCCUACCUAGCCUUGAAAUGGUUCCCUUGGUGAAUGUUUCUAUUUAUAGUCACUAAUCCCUUUUUAAAAGAGUUUUUGUAGCACUAUAUAAUCCUGUGAAGAAAACCCAGUAGAAUGCAAAUAUUUCAUUAUUUUAGUGUAUACUGUGUUUUCUGUCAAAAAAAUUUUCGAACAGUAACCUUAAAAAAUAUUUUGCUACAGUAAAAUAACUUUUUAUUUCUGAUGGUGGGAGGAAGGUACAAAGAAAUAUUGUAAUUAUUUGAGGAAAAAGCAUAUUAUAAAUUGGCCUCCACAAAUUAGUCUGACAUGGGAUUUGUAGGCAACAGCAGCAAUAUUGGAUUAACUGAAAGGUGGUAGGCUAGAACUCUAGUCUUUUAUUUGGGGCAGGUUUUAAUGUUGAUGGACACUUUUUAUUCAGGAGAGAGAAUGGAAGAUUCAGCUAGAAAUAGCUACUGAUUACAGAUUUUUUGUAGCAGUUCACACCCCAUGAUACCUUUUUUAUUUUGUUGUGCCUUUUCACAAAGUAUUACAAAUAAGCUUGUUUAUCCCAUUUUGGGAAUGCAAGUUUACUAAAUUUUUUAGCCUGACAAUACUUGUGUUAAAUGUCACUUUAUUGGAAAUCCUGGAAAUUUAUGAAAUUUCAACCCAAAAUUGUUAUGUGGCGUUUAAAGGUAACAGUGAUGUUUGUUACUCUUUACUUUGUACUCUGUUAAUUUUCGCCCUAUUUAAGGUGUGAGUAAGCCUCUUUCCAAAAUUAUGUUAUUGCCAGUAAAUUUAUAAAUUACAUACAAAGAUAACAUGUUAUUAACAGUUAACUUGAUGAGGUAACUAUAUCCCUCUAUUUCUCUGGACUCACUUUUUAAAAUAUGCAGAAUACUGUGUACUGUUUAACACAGUAGAAGUCAAUGAGAAGAGUGAAGAGCUUUCUUCCUUGAAAGAUAUUUGAGGCACCAUUUGCCUCACAGCGAGAUGUUCCCCACUCUCCCCACCCCCAAUGUCAGGUAAAUGAAAGGUUGAUUUGAAAUACAAGUACUAGAGCAAGGAGCUUAGAAUCUUAGGGGUACAUUUCUACAGAACUCCUUAGGUGGGCUGCACCAUACAGAAUUCUCUUACUGUAUUGCAUAAGUGUUAGCUAAGUUUUUGUUCUCUUUUGGUUAUAUUUUCUGAAUUAUUUAUGCAACAAGGUGAGUGUUAAUAUUGCAUGACAUGCAUUUAUCUUGUUCCACGAAUUUCCCAGUACUAUACAAGAUUAACAAAAUAAUGCCUGUGGUAUCGUCUUCUCUUGCUUUUAUACAUGUGAUCUUAGCACUGUUAGAGUACUGCAAAAACCUUGGGUUAUUUCAGUAUCUUAUGAUUCAUUCGUUAUUUUAUUAUUGGCCAGUUGUUAUUGGCCUGUUUUAUUCUAAUUUCCAGAAAAAUCAUGUCUCAGUAUUAGAUUAUUGCAUAUAACUUUAUCUAAAACCAAUGUAUGAUUCUGCCUUCCUUACUGGGCAAAUGAUGUGUCCAGUCCUCCCACCCCACCUCCCCCUUUUUUUACAUUUUGGGACAAAGGAAAAGAUUAGAACAAUUCUCAUGAGGUGUUUUGUUAGUGUGGCAGACUUAUGUAAUUCCUAAAAUCUGUUUCUCUUGAGCCAGCCAAUGGGGAGGAAUAGGACCAUACAAAUAGUUUUAUCAUGCUAAAUAAGUUUUUUAAUUUGUAGAGUCAGUUAAAUACCAAGCAUUUAUAUUUAAAUGCUGUCUUUUUUAUUUUUGUUUUAUUUUGUUUGUAAAUAAGGUAACUGGGCAAUCAAACACCUUUUGGAAAUCUUGGCUUUAGUAUUUCAUCAGCCAUUUCAAAGUUAAUAUAAAAAUACUUUGUAGGAAACUUGCAUUCUGAUUUUUCUUUAUUGCAGUUGAAAGUGUAAAUAAUAAGACAAUGUUAAGAUCUUCCUAAUGUUUAAUAUAAACCGGCUAUAGCAAGUUGUCCUAUUUUUAUUAGGUUUUAAAGGUUUUUGUGUUUUUUUUUUCUUUUCUAAAUGUACAGUAGACUGGUGUCUGUUUAAGUGUUAACUGUAGUGGGAUUUGUCCAGCAAGCCUGAAAUUUAUACUUUGAAAUAAACUAUGGGUUUUUAACA